GAGUUGGAAUUGUAGAGGAAUGGGGAGCAAUUAUACAAUUAGUUAUCUGAGGGAUAUAUGGCAUAAACAUAAACCGGCGUUUCUUUUCUUAUCAGAAACAAAACAACAGUUUGAUUUUGUUCAGAAUUUUCAAUUUCAUUUUGGGUAUAAACACCUACAUACGGUGGAUCCUAUUGGGAGAAGUGGAGGACUGGCUCUUUAUUAUGAUCAUGAUUCACCGGUGUCUAUUAUUUAUUCAAGUAAUAGAAUAAUAGAUAUUGAAACCACAUAUAAAGGAAAAACAAUUUUUAUUUCUUUUGUAUAUGGGGACCCCGUUCAGGGUCUUCGAGACCACGUUUGGGAACGUCUUACUCGAAUUGGGAUAAAUAGAGUGGACCCAUGGUUUAUUAUUGGGGAUCUAAAUGAAAUAAGAGGUAAUCAUGAGAAGGAAGGGGGGGUGUUACGACACACGUCCACUUUUGUCGAUUUUAAUAAUAUGAUUGACAAUUGUGGUUUUUUGGAAUUUCCUGCUGUGGGAAAUACUAUGUCAUGGAGUGGGACGAGGAACAAACAAACGGUAAAAUGUAGAUUAGACCGGGCUUUAGGGAACGUGGAAUGGCACACCCUAUUCCCGUCCGCAUUUGUCGAGUAUUUGGGAAUGGUAGGCUCGGAUCAUAGGCCUAUUGUGACGAAUUUAGAUGAGAAACAAGUAAGAACGAGAAGGCAAUUUCGGUUUGAUAAGAGAUGGAUUGGUAUGGAUGGGCUUAUGGAUUCCAUUUCGAGAGGUUGGUCUACAGGAAGGCCAAGUCAUAAUUCGGGAGUGGUAGAUAGAAUUAUCAACUGUAGACAUGAAAUUUCGGUUUGGAGGAAAAAUAAUCCACCAUAUGGGAAGGAAAAGAUUAAUUCUCUUCAGAAGGCUUUGGAGGACAUUCAGUGUGAUAAUACCAAGACAUAUGAGGAGGUGCUAGAAGUUUCUAGGAAGUUAAAAGAAGCUUAUAGGGAUGAAGAAUUAUACUGGGAACAAAAAAGUCGAACGACUUGGCAUGCAAAAGGGGAUAGAAAUACAAAAUUCUAUCACGCCCUAACUAAGCAGAGACGAAUACAAAAUAAAAUUGUGGGUUUGCACAAUAGUGGUGGUAAUUGGGUAACAUCAGAAUCUGAGGUAGAAGGUGUUGCGAUAGAUUACUUUAAUGACUUGUUCACAACGACAUCACCUUCGGGCUAUGAAGAUUUUCUAAGUGAGGUGCCUACUUUGAUUACAGAGGAUCAAAACAGGUCUCUGACCUCUUGGGCAUCAGAGGAGGAAGUGAAAUCAGCUUUAUUCAUGAUGCAUCCUGAAAAAGCUCCAGGACCGGAUGGAAUGACGGCUUUAUUUUUCCAACAAUCCUGGUCGAUUAUUAGAUCAGAUAUCACAAAUAUGGUUAACGAAUUUUUUAGGACUGGAUAUUUGGAGGAGAGGAUGAAUAUGACCAAUAUUUGCCUCAUCCCAAAGACAGUGCGACCAAGUAGAAUGACGGAAUUGAGGCCAAUUAGUUUAUGUAAUGUGGGUUAUAAGAUUAUUUCGAAGGUGCUUUGCCAACGGCUGAAGAGGCUACUACCACAAUUGGUAUCAGAGACACAAUCCGCUUUUGUUUCUGGGAGACUGAUCUCCGAUAAUAUAUUAAUUGCUCAGGAGAUGUUUCAUGGAUUAAGAACGAAUAAUUCAUGUAAGGAGAAAUUUUUGGCUAUAAAAACAGAUAUGAGCAAAGCAUAUGAUAGGCUUGAAUGGCCUUUUAUUGAGGCGAUGCUAUUAAAGUUGGGUUUCGUACAAAGGUGGGUAUCUCGGAUAAUGUCUUGUAUUACGUCGGUAAAAUACAAAAUUGUGAUUAAUGGUCAACCAAAAGGACAUAUUAUACCAAACCGAGGACUUCGUCAAGGUGAUCCGUUAUCACCUUAUUUGUUUAUUUUGUGUACUGAGGCAUUAAUAGCAAAUAUACGGAAAAAGGAAGAAAAUAAAUUAUUGACGGGGUUAAAAAUCGCGCGUGGUAGUCCGGCAAUCACACACUUAUUAUUUGCGGAUGAUAGUCUCUUUUUUUGCAAAGCUAAUAGGCAAGAAUGUGAGACUAUCAUACAGAUUUUGAAAGACUAUGAGAGAGCAUCGGGGCAACAAAUUAACUUUCAGAAGUCUUCCAUUCAGUUUGGUCAUAAGGUACCGGAUGUAGCACGUUUAGAGGUGCAACAGGUUUUGGGCAUUACUACAAUUGGUGGUAUGGGAACAUACUUGGGGAUUCCCGAAAGUCUUGGUGGCUCUAAAACACAAGUAUUUGGUUAUCUUAAUGAAAGGGUCAAUAAUAAGGUUAAUAAUUGGACUAUUCGAUUCAUUACGAAAGGAGGAAAGGAAGUUUUAAUUAAAGCAGUAGCAUCCCCUAUGCCAACUCAUGUUAUGUCCUGCUUUCGGUUACCAAAAACGGUUACGAAAAAAAUUACCAGCACGGUUGCUCAUUUUUGGUGGGGUGGUAGUGGUAAUAAAAAAGGUAUGCAUUGGUUUGCAUGGGAUAAAAUGUGCAAAGAUAAACCGGACGGUGGUAUUGGUUUUAGAGAUAUUCAAAAUUUUAAUACGGCAUUAUUAGCAAAACAACUAUGGAGGUUAAUCGAUAAACCUGAUUCUCUUUUUGCAAGAGUUUUUAAAGGAAGAUACUAUAGAAAAUCUGAUCCUUUGGAUCCAAUCAGAUCAUAUUCUCCCUCAUAUGGGUGGAGAAGUAUUACAUCAGCUAGAUCUCUGGUUAAUAAAGGGCUAAUCAAAAGAGUGGGAACUGGUUCAAGCAUUUCAGUCUGGAAUGAUCCUUGGAUCCCUGCUCCUCGCCCGAGGUCAGCAAUACCAAAAUGUUCGAAUCAAUAUUUGAAUCCAUUACUUAAGGUGGAGGAUUUAAUAAAUCCAGUCGAUCUCUCUUGGAAUCUGGAUUUGCUCAAAGUAUAUAUUCACCAGGACGAUGUGGAUAUUAUACGGAGUUUAGCUAUUAGUCGUAACCCAAAACCAGAUUCAUAUGGAUGGCAUUUUACGGACCAUGGUCGAUAUACGGUUAAAUCAGGUUAUCGUACGGAUAAAUUAUUUCCGGAUAUGGGAUCUCAUGAUAGAGUUUUGGGACCAGAUAUUAAGCCACUGUUGGCUCACUCUUGGAAGCUUCAAUGUUCAUCAAAGCUGAAACAUUUUGUUUGGCAGAUACUUUCGGGUAGUCUACCGGUAACCAAGAAUCUUCAUUCACGAGGGAUAAAAUGUGAUGUGAAAUGUCAAAUAUGUGGUGCAGAGGAAGAAUCUAUUAAUCAUGUUCUGUUUGAGUGUCCAUUAGCACUACAAACGUGGGCUUUAUCUAAUAUUCCUUCAUGCCCAGGUGUCUUUCCCACCCCGUCACUUUUCACAAAUAUGGACUAUCUUUUCUGGCGGUUACCUAAGGAACCAGAUUUGAAUUAUUUUCCAUGGAUAUUGUGGUAUAUUUGGAAGAAUAGAAACGCUAAAGUUUUUAAGAAUCAGAUAAAAACCCCUUUUGAUAUUCUUCGAAUGGCGAAAAUAGAAGGUGUUUUGUGGGCUGAAGCCCAGACAAAGGAACCUAUAAACCGUGAAUCUCUACAUAUUGCAGAGACCCAUUUUCCAUAUGGAGUUAACAAGUGUUAUAUAGAUGGAGCAUGGAAGGAACAUGAUCUUUAUACAGGGCAGGGAUGGGUCUACAGAAAAGAUGGAUCAAAUGAUACUAUGAUGGGUGCAAUGUCUAUUCGCAGGAGUCUAUCACCUUUACAUGCUGAAUGUGAAGCGUUGAUAUGGGCGAUGGAGUGCAUGAAGACCCUACAAAUCUCAGAGGUGGUGUUUGCAACAGACUGUUCUCAAUUGGUGAAGAUGGUGUCUACACCAACAGAAUGGCCGGCGUUCACUACACACAUGGAGGAGUUUCUGCGAUGUAAGGAAUUCUUUCUCAACUUUACUAUCCAGCAUAUACCAAGGGCGCAAAAUACUCUGGCGGACAAGCUGGCACGAGGUGCUAGAACUUCGCCAUCUGCUAUGGUUUAUGUUGACUCAGUUCCUCCGAGGUGGCUCUCGGAUCAGGAAUCUUCUUAGUUUCUUAGCCUUUUGUCGUAAAAAAAAAAAAAAAGUUGGAAACAAGUUUUGUUGGUUGAGCAGAAGGCACUCUUAGCUAAACCAUAAAGGCAAAGCACAAUUCUCACAUAGAAUUGCUUGCAUUUGGUGACAACUGUAUUCACAAAAGGCUCUCUGCAUAUGAAGCAAACAAGGGGAAUGUAUCUUUGUCUUCGUUGAUGUUGUUUUCAGUACUCAGGUACUUACAUUAUCCUAAUUUUCAACUCCUCCAUAGUUUUAUUUUCAUUUCUAACUUUCUCUGCCUUUUUCCACUCUUUCUUUAUCUUCAUCCUGGUUUGUAUCAUUCCACACGGUCACGUGAGACUUACAUCCACCCCCACCUCCGUAUCCACAUAAUCGGUAUCUUUGUAAUCCUUGCAAAUAUCUGGUUAGUGAUGAAAGGUUGAAGCCAGACACUUCUGCUGUCCCCUCUUCUCAUCUGUAUCUUCCUCU